AUGCGAACUAAGGCUCCCCACCGCAAGUCUCGAAAUGGCUGUCUUCGGUGUAAAGCUAGAAGGGUCAAAUGUGAUCAGAGAGCUCCGGCUUGCUCUCGUUGUGUAGAUCGUGGUCUACAAUGCCCAGGUUACUCGCUCAACAUUCGUUGGGAUCCAAGAAACCAACUUCAGACGCCGUCAUCCAGUACUGCAGAUAGAGCCCGGGCCGGUCCCACGCAGACCGUCGACCCAUUCAGCGACAUUGAUUUCUUCCAGCCAAGUGUGGAUCACCGGGGUGAUGUCCUCCCUGCCAUUGAUCCUUGGAAUCCGGAACCAGCUUCCAUCUCAGACUGGUCCUUAUCCUUGGGAGAGUUGCUCCCAUCGACCCCAGCCCCGGUUGGGUUUGCACCAUUGAUGCCGGUGGUCCCUUCAUACUUUCCCCCGGCACUUAUGGAAGAGUCAACCAUGUCUACCGAUGAGUCGGCGCUAUUCCCACCCAACUUGAUAAAUCCGCUUCUGGACUUCCCAACACACCAACAGAUAGGCCUGCUUCCCGAUGACUCGGGAACCAACCAUCCUGUUGAAACUCCAGGUCGGGUUAGGGACACAUGGGACAGGUGGAGUUUCACUUAUCCUCAGUCAGGCUCCGGGACACAAAACUCCGACUCCCAAAAGUUGGGAGUUAUCACUACAAUUUCGCAUUCACCGGAAAUCACUCAUCUUCCUACUGUUUUAUCGGAUUACUUCUUCAAGGAAGUCAUCAAACUUUACUCAGUUUGGGAUAAUCACUCCAACCAACUAAGGAUUCUUGCAGGAUGCUUUUGGCAAUCAUCAGGGGUUCUCUACCAUACCAUGCAGAGUAUGGCAGCUGCGUUGUUGACAAAGAGUUUCCCAAACCUCCGCGCUGUCGCUAUUGGCGAGCGUCAAAUGGGCCUGGAAUGUCUCCGGAGUGGCAACGAUACAGACGAAGACAGACUGAUAGGGUCCAUCCUGCUUGGCCAUACAGCAAGUUGGAUCAAACCACACGAAUUAUCACAUGAAAACUUUGAGAACUCUCUCGAGAUGCUACACGCAUGGGCUUCCAAGACGCAUGAUCAUUCUCGUCUAUCGUUUUUCGGAGGGGCGGUUGACUACUGGGCGAUGCUUUUGUCCUUCGUAUCUGAACCAAGAAAGAACCAUAAUUUCCUUCGACACUCUGUUGUGGAAGCUGGCCCUCCCAGAGUAGACGGAUUGAUAAAUCCACACCCUUUCAUUGGCACGUCGGGGAGCAUUGUACAAGUUCUUACAGAGCUAGGCACCCUCAUUUUCAAGUAUCGGAAGCGAGUGUCAGAGAUUGACUUCAUUUCCGAGAACGAUCUUGAAUCAUUGCGCAAAUCAAUACAGGAUGCUCGUCAGCUGGAACGUCGGCUGCUGGCCUUCAGACCACUGCUUCCUAAAAGUGUUCAGGAUCCUGGUGAUCAAACAACCUCGCCUGUUCACUUUGUGAGGAUUGACGAAGGCCUUCGCUGCACAGGUUUGCUGCAAAUCUAUCGAGUGUUUCCAGACCUUCUCAAUGAUAGAUAUCAGCCUUGGGACUCAGCUGCCCUCCUCCAACCUCGCCCCGCUCUCAAGACUCCGUCUCGAGAAGAGCGGAAUACCUGGCUUACAAUGCUAGCGCUUCAUAUCCUGAAUAUCAACCGGGAGAUUCCCUUCGAGUCCCGGACAAGGUGCAUGCAGCCCUUUAUGUUUGUGGCUGCGUCUUGCGAGCUUCGCAUAGACUUUGAUGCAGCAAACGAGACCAGCGGCAUGGAUGGCAACUGCAUCUUGGUCCAAAUAUCCCAGGCCCGCGACUUUGUGCGUUCUAGAAUGGUGGCGUACCUUCAGGUCUUCCCUCUCCAAAAAGUGGAAAAGAUGUUCCAGUUAAUCCAAAGCAUUUGGUCGGAAAUUGAUGAUGGGAGGGAGGUCUUCUGGCUGGAUGUGUGUAAGAAGCUCAAGUUGGGCACACUGAUGGGAUGA